GCCCGCACGUGGCUCUGUCCCGCUUCCCCGCGCUUCCCCGCGCCGCUCCGAGGGCCGUUCGUGCCCGCCCCGCCGAGGGGGCCCCGGCUGUCCCCGCAGGGUCCGCCCCGGGCCCGGCCCGGCGGCUCCGUCCCUCUCGGAGCAUCGCGGCCGCUGGAGGGGAAGGGAUGGCGGGGGGGGACGACGGGCGUCCAGCUGCGGUUGAGGCAGAACUUGUUAUUUCUGCGGCCACGGGAACGUCUCUCGUUCCCCGCGGAUGGCGGUGGGUGUGUCGGCCAGCACCGAACACCGCACGCGGCGGCGGUGCCGUCCGCCACCGUUUGCCGCCCGUUUUUGUUUUAUUUCUGUGGGGUUUUUUUUUUUUCACGUCGAACCGAGGGGUGCUGAGUCUGCUGCAUUCCGACGGGCCUCCUCUGGUCCAAGCCAUCUUCAACCGCGAUGUAGAGGAAGUGCGGUCGCUGCUGAAUCAGAAGGAGAAUAUCAAUGUACUGGACCAAGAAAGACGAACACCUCUGCAUGCUGCUGCCUACAUAGGAGAUGUUGCAAUCCUCGAGCUCCUCAUACUGUCAGGUGCUAAUGUUAACGCAAAGGACACUGUUUGGCUCACCCCGUUACACCGCGCUGCGGCUUCUCGCAACGAGAAAGCACUUCACCUCCUCCUGAAGCACUCGGCAGAUGUCAAUGCCCGCGACAAGUACUGGCAAACGCCUCUGCAUGUCGCUGCUGCCAACCGGGCCACCAAGUGUGUGGAGGCCAUCAUCCCCCUGCUGAGCACUGUCAAUGUCGCGGACCGCACGGGCCGCACGGCGCUGCACCACGCCGUGCACAGCGGCCACCUCGAGAUGGUGAACCUGCUGUUAAACAAAGGGGCCAGCCUGAGUACUUGCGAUAAGAAGGAUCGCCAGCCCAUCCACUGGGCAGCUUUUCUAGGGCAUUUGGAAGUUCUGAAGCUGCUGGUGGCCCGUGGAGCUGAUGUGAUGUGUAAGGACAAGAAGGGCUACACCCUGCUGCACACGGCUGCAGCCAGCGGGCAGAUCGAAGUUGUGCGUCACCUGCUGCGGCUGGGCGUGGAGAUCGAUGAACCAAAUUCCUUCGGUAACACUGCACUUCACAUUGCCUGUUACAUGGGCCAAGAUGCCGUGGCCAACGAACUGGUCAAUUACGGCGCCAAUGUCAAUCAGCCUAACGAGAAGGGCUUCACCCCUCUGCACUUUGCUGCUGUCUCCACCAAUGGGGCCCUGUGCCUAGAGCUCCUUGUCAACAACGGGGCCGACGUCAACUUUCAGAGUAAGGAAGGGAAAAGCCCCUUGCACAUGGCUGCCAUCCACGGGCGGUUCACGCGUUCGCAGAUCCUCAUUCAGAAUGGCAGUGAGAUUGACUGUGCUGACAAAUACGGCAAUACCCCCCUCCACGUUGCUGCUAGAUAUGGCCAUGAGCUGCUAAUUAGUACUUUGAUGACGAAUGGUGCUGACACUGCAAGGCGUGGGAUCCACGACAUGUUCCCUCUGCACUUAGCUGUUCUCUUUGGAUUUUCAGACUGUUGUCGUAAGCUACUUUCCUCAGGUCAGUUGUACAGUAUCGUCUCCUCGCUGAGCAACGAGCACGUGCUGUCUGCAGGCUUUGAUAUCAACACACCUGACAACCUUGGGAGGACUUGCCUCCACGCUGCUGCUUCUGGAGGGAACGUUGAAUGUCUUAAUUUGCUGUUGAGCAGCGGUGCUGACUUGAGGAGGAGAGAUAAAUUCGGAAGGACUCCACUGCACUACGCAGCUGCCAACGGCAGCUAUCAGUGUACGGUGACAUUGGUCACUGCAGGAGCCAGUAUUAAUGAGGCUGACUGUAAAGGCUGUACCCCCUUACACUAUGCUGCUGCUUCGGACACGUACAGGAGAGCAGAGACUCAUUCAGGAAACAGCCAUGACACUGAUGAGGAGCCACUGAAGGAGUCCAGGAUGAAGGAGGCAUUCUUUUGUUUAGAGUUCUUGCUGGAUAAUGGUGCUGACCCAUCCCUCCGGGACAAACAGGGUUAUACUGCUGUCCACUAUGCAGCUGCAUAUGGCAACAGGCAGAACCUCGAACUGCUCCUGGAAAUGUCUUUUAACUGCCUGGAGGAUGUGGAAAGCACCAUUCCAGUCAGCCCUUUGCACUUAGCUGCCUAUAAUGGUCACUGUGAAGCCCUGAAGACACUUGCUGAAACCCUCGUGAACCUGGACGUGCGGGACCACAAGGGGCGGACAGCCCUGUACCUCGCCACGGAGAGAGGCUCCACUGAGUGCGUGGAGGUGCUCACCAGCCACGGCGCAUCUGCCCUGGUGAAGGAGAGGAAGAGGAAGUGGACCCCUCUCCAUGCUGCAGCUGCCAACGGGAAUACUGAUUCCCUGCACCUCCUGAUAGACAGCGGGGAGCGGGCAGACAUCACCGAUGUCAUGGACAUCCACGGCCAAACCCCACUGAUGCUGGCGAUCAUGAACGGCCACGUUGACUGUGUCCACCUCCUCCUGGAGAAGGGAUCCACAGCUGACGCAGCCGACAAGAGAGGAAGGACCGCUCUGCAUCGGGGGGCUGUGACGGGCUGUGAGGACUGCCUGGCUGCUCUGCUGGACCACGAUGCCUUCGUUCUGUGUCGGGAUUUCAAAGGCCGGACCCCGAUCCACUUUGCAUCGGCGUGCGGGCACUUAGAAAUCCUGAGGACCUUGCUGCAGGCAGCCCUCUCUACUGACCCUCUGGACUCUGUUGUGGACUACAGCGGUUACUCACCAAUGCACUGGGCUUCAUACAGUGGGCAUGAAGAUUGUCUUGAAUUGUUACUUGAACACAAUCCAUUUGCAUACCUAGAAGGAAACCCCUUUACUCCAUUGCACUGUGCAGUAAUUAACAACCAGGACAGCACUGCUGAAAUGCUGGUGGAAGCAUUAGGUGCCAAGAUUGUUAAUAGCAGAGAUGCCAAAGGAAGGACACCCCUUCACGCUGCUGCCUUUGCAGACAACAUCCAUGGUUUACAGCUGCUUCUGCGCCACCAAGCCGAGGUGGACACAACUGACAAGCUGGGGAGGACUCCCCUCAUGAUGGCCUCUGAGAACGGGCACACUGCAGCAGUUGAGUUCCUGCUGUACCAAGCAAAAGCAAAUAUAACUGUGCUGGAUGUCAACAAGAACACAGCUCUUCACCUGGCCUGCAGCAAGGGUCAUGAAAAGUGUGCCUUGUUGAUCCUGGGGGAAACCCAAGACCUUGGCCUUAUCAAUGCAAGUAACAGUGCUCUGCAGAUGCCGCUCCACAUCGCUGCACGGAAUGGGCUGGCCACCGUUGUCCAGGCCCUGCUCAGCAGAGGUGCCACCGUGCUGGCUGUGGAUGAAGAAGGUCAUACCCCAGCCUUGGCAUGCGCCCCCAACAAGGACGUUGCCGACUGCCUGGCACUUAUCCUCUCCACCAUGAAGCCUUUCCCACCUAAAGACGCCAUCAGCUCUUUCAGCUUCAACCUCCUCAAGAACUGCGGCAUUGCAGCCAAAACCGCGGCCUGCGGGGCCCUGCCCAACGGCAGCACCUGCCCCUACAGCAAGGACCGGCACAAUGCCAUCGGCUUAGACGGCUGUUACUCGGAGUAGCUUAAACUAUGGGUGACCUAAUAUCUUAUUAUAUUUAUUUAGAAAUUCUAUAAAUAUAGGGCACUUUAAAGGAGAACAAGACUGGGCAGGCCUUCUAGCAUGGCCGAGUAGACCAAGAGUUCAACGCUUCCUCUUCUUCUUGCUGGAGCACCGGCGUGGUGCUAGCGCUGCUCGUUGCUGUAACGAGGGGCUGGCAGUGCUACCCCAAUGGCACGGGGCUGCCCUGAGCACCAAGCCACGCUCCUCCAGCUGUUUGCAUCCCUCGCGUGGCAUCCACCGCCUCCCUUGGGCUGCGUGGCCACAGAGAACCAAAAUGAGAAAAACUCUCAAUUUAAAACAAAACAAAACAAAAAACAAAAAAGCAGCUGAUUGGGACCAUCAGUUGGGCUGCAGACGGGGAGAGGAUUUGGCUCCCAGCUUUUGGGGGUGGAUUGAAAUCGGUUCCAUUGGCGUCCCCAUGCUGUCUGCAGGCUGGAACAGGGAAGCCUGAACUCUUGGUGGGGUGUGGGGUUUGGGAUCGGGGUGGUCUUGCAGCCGCUGGGGUGGGUGCUAGCUCCUGGCCAAGUGCCACUGUAAUGCUCCUCUCUGAGUCACUUUUCUCUCAUACUCAUCCUUCAAUUCCAAUACAAACACUUGAAUCAAGAUCUACUGUACCUGGGACACUAAAAUACCCUUUUGGCAGCUGUCAUUUUUAUGCAAAAACGGGUGCUGCUGCCCGACUCCGCGGUCUGCGCGCCGCGGCCGCGCUGCUGGAACCUCGCUCCCCACACCAGGCACUUUAGGGAUUCUGUUGGUUUUCUGUUUUUGGGGUUUUUUUUUUUUUCUUCCUCUUGACAAAAUGUCGGAUCCUAAGAGACGAUUCCUUGAUUCUUUUUGGAGUUUUCGUUCUCUGUGUUGCAUGGCCGUUCCCAUGCGAGAGUCAGUGUUGCUUUUUUUUUUUUUUUAAAGAAAAAAAGAAAAAGGUUAUUUAUAAAGAAGCAAGCAUUUACCUUUAAAAAAAAAAAACCAAGAAAAAUCGAAAAAAAAAUCUGAAACUUUUAGCCUUUAAGUAAGGAAGAAAAUGCACUUCAGAGUCCUUAUUCACAACCCUGAUAGGUCUGUAUUUAUUUUUCUAAUGCAGCACGUUGGCAGGUUUUAUUAGCGUUGCAUGUAUGUGAGAUCGUUGGGUUUUUUUGUUGUUGUUUCGGGUUUUCUUUUCUAAUUUUAGAGAUCAUAUUUAUAAUGCAGGUUUGAAGCAUUCGAGAAACGUUGCACUGUUGGGUUUUUUUUUGUUUCGUUUUUGUGGUUUUUGGUUUUUUUUCUUCUGAAUUACUGUAACAGUAUCACGUGCAAAAGCGAUACUCUUUGCUCCAUAUCACAAGUCUGUGCAAAGCCAAAGACUGGGCACUGAGAAAGGGACAGGGCUGAUGGGGACGGGCAGCCCAUGGCUGGCAUCUGCUGCUGAUUCUGACACCGUGCCUGGGCUGGGUGAGGCCCUGGCAGAGAGAGCAGGCCCUGGGAAAGCUGCAGCCUGCUCAUGGCCUGCUUGGUUCCUGCUUGUGGCCUGCUCAGGGCUCUCUGUGGCAUGUUUGUGGCCUGCUCAGGGCCUGUCCAUGGCAUGUUCACAGCCUGUUCGUGGCCUGCUUGGGGCCUCCUCAUGGUCUGUCCAUGGCCAGCUUGGGGCCUGCUCAUGGUCUGUUUAGGGCCUGUUCAUGGCCUGCUCAUGGUCUGUUCAUGACCUGCUUGGGGCCUACUCAUGGUCUGUUUAGGGCCUGUUCAUGGCCUGCUCAUGGCAUGUUUGGGGCCUUUUUGGGGCCUGUUCAUAUCUUGCUCAUGGCCUGUUCUUGGUUUGCUUUCAGCCUGCUCAGGGCCUGUUUGAGGUCUGUUCUUGGCAUGUUCACAGGCUGUUCGUGGCCUGCUUGGGGCCUGCUCAUGUUCUGUUCAUGGCCUGCUCAUGGCAUGUUCGGGGCCUGCUUGGGGCCUGUUCACAUCCCAUUCAUGGUCUGUUUGUGGCCUGCUCGUGGCCUGCUCAUGUUCUGUUCAUAGCCUGUCUUUGGCCUGCUUGAGGCCUGCUCAUGUUCUGCUCAUGGCCUGUUAUUAGCCUGCUCGUGUCCUGUUCAUGGCUUGCUUGCGGCCUGCUCGGGGCCUGUUUGUGGUCUGUUCAUGGCCUGCUCAGGGCCUGUCUGUGGCCUGUCUAUGGCAUGUUCAUGGCCUGCUCGGGGGGCCUGCUCACGGCCUGUUUACAGCCAGUUUGUGGCCCGCUCAGGUCCUGCUCAGGUCCUGCUCCUCCCAUCCCAUCCCAUCCCUCCCGCUCCUGCGGUGCCUCUCGGUUCUGCAUAGCGUAGGAAGGAAAGCGUUUCUGUAACCAAAACAGCAUCUUUGUUUCUUGUUGCCUGUUGGAAGUUGUUGCUCUCUGUCGCGUUGGUGCAGGCUGUCCCUGGGCAGCGGGAUUCAGCGCCUGUUGCACUGCGGCUUUCUUUUACCAAAGCCCAACCCUCAGAACCAAAUAGGGAGCGGCAGCCCUGGCCUUUGGCUGACGAGCACAUGCUUUGUGUCUCACACAGGAGUGUCCCCGCUGAUGCUCCCUGGUGCCCCGGUAGCGGUGCCACGGUGCAGGCCGUACUCCUUUGCUUCUCUGCCCCCAGCUCGGGGCUCCCCGCUCACCCCACCCCCCCCCAUCCUCCAGCUUGAAGGAAAGUGUUAACCUUUCUGCACCGAAUACCUCAGUUGGGAACCAGAGCUCACAAAACUUGAAUUAAGAGGUCCUUUUUGAAGAUCCUUUUCAGUAUUCUGCAGAGAAGAACUGGAAAAAAAAGAGAUUUGUUUACAUGGCUGUCGAGCCCACGCUUGCUGCCCGUCGCGUCCUUUAUCUCCCGGCUCCUCGCCGAUGGCUGUCGCCUUUCCCUGCGGGGUGGGAGAAUGGGUCCAAAGUCCCCACCGCUGUGGCCACGGAGCACCAGGUUGUGCCGGGGCCGUGGGGUGGUGGCAGAGCUCAGACUGCCAGGGCCGGGUACAGAUGUCGGCUGGCCGGUGCGUGUUGGUCCAUCACAGCAUUUUCUGUAGCCAGGGCAGGAGAAUCCCUUAGAGCACACAGAGCACGCUGCUUUUCCUUCCCUCCCCCCUUUUAUUGUUUUUUUCCAGUCUUGUUGUGGGUUUUUUUUUCAGCUUCUUUUUCCGAACCCGAUCUCUUUUUGCCUUCUGUCCACGCUGUGCGUUGUCACCCGUCGCUCAACACCACCACUAAACUAUGAGACAAUCAAUGUGAUCUCUGUAAGGGCUUCUCCAUUUCUUCUCUGCAGCACCGUGCUUUACGUGGACGCGUUCUUUGCUCUUAGCGAGGAGUUUUUUCUCCCCUCCCCUCGUGUCUUAUUAUUAAUAAUGAUGAUGAUAAUAAUAAUGACAGUGGAGUGAAAGGAGGUUUCAGCAGCGCAUCCGCGGUUAGGGGGGCUGAGUGGGGGGUGGGGGUGGGGGGGGGAUGGGAGAGGGAAGCGCGGCCAACGUUCCCUGCAGGUCCCAGUCUUGUUCUCCUUUAACGCUGUAUUGUAUACAUUUGACAGCACAGCUUGACAAUUUAAGUAAUAAUCAAAGUGUUUGGUAAUAAUGCAUUAUUUUGCUAAACGAGAUUUGUGAUGGUUUCCCUGGUUGCAUUGUAAGAGGGAUGGAGGGAAACUUCCGCUGCCCGCCCGCUGCCCGCUCCUCCCCGCCACCUCGAUGCCAAAGUUGGACCAUUCCUGCUUCGCGUUCCCUUGGGCACACGUUUGGUGUAGCUCUCACCAAGCAGCGACUUUUCAGCCCCCCUCCCCUAAAGCUGUCCGUGUGGGUGUGGAACAAACAGCCCCAUUCCCCCCCUCUGCCCCCCCCUUAACAAAAGGAAGUUUCUCUCCGCCCCCUGGUCCAAAGCACUUGCUUCAAGUAAUAAGCACUUUUGUUAAAGCAUGAGUCUGGAUUCCCUUUAGCGUCCCACGGGAUAGAGAGCAGCAAAGAAGGGAUUACGAGAGUGUCUUUGGCUUUGUUUUUCGUUAUUAUUUCUUGAUUUAUUUUUUUUUUUAACUUUAAAGAAAGAAAGAAAAAAAAAAGUUUGUUUCUAGGGAAUGAAUGAACAAAGGGAAGUUAUGUUACGAGAGAGAGAGAGAGAGGGGAAAAAAAAAAACACACAAAAAAAAAACCACAAAAAAAAAAAGAAAAAAAAACACAAACAAACAAAAAAAAAAACAGCACAAAUACAUUUCAACUCGAAAAAAAGGUGUAUUUGCACUGCCAUUGCUAGAAUUCCGGGCUGCACCGCCCGGCUGAGCCAUAUAAACUGCUGACAAACACUGAAUGUAACGCACCGCCCCGGGGGAGCCCGGCAGCUGCGAUUGGCUUUGUCCUGCCAGGCACUUCCACAGUCCCAAAUAACCCAGCGGUGGUGAGGAGGUGCUCGGUGUGUUUUCUUGUUGCUGUUCCCGAGCUGCAGGCGAUUUGUGUUUCCUAAGGGAGAUGGGAGACCCCCAUCCCUGUGCCCACCCCCCCCCCCAAUCCCAGUCCGGUUCCCCAACCCAAAGCACCGCAGAGGUCCCCCCGGCCCCACCGACCCGGGGCUGUGGUUGACAGGUCCGAAAGUAGCACUGAAAACAGAGCAAAAGCUCCAAAAUAAAAGAGAUAUUAAACAAAUAUAUAGGAAACAAAGAGGACAGGAAGGACUCUUUAGGUUUGGAGCACUCCGAGUGGCGCGCGCCUGCGGCCCCGAGCGCAGUGCGGAGCCAAAGCCAAAACAGAGAACAAACCAGAGACCCCAGAAACAACCUUUUUGGUUCAUUUGCGUUGCGUGGUGGGGCUGGGGGCCACGUCCCCCCCCCUCCUCCCCCCAUAGGGACCACAGAACCGCGAGAGCGUCGCGUCCGAGCCGUGCCGAGCGCGUCCCACUUUGCCUUCAGUAAGAAACCAAAGGACAAAAAACCACCCCCUUUCCAUUGGGAACGCGCGUGCGUUGUUCGCUUUGGGGCAGUUGGGUGUUUUGUUUUCUUUCUUUUUCCUCUUCUUUUUCUUUUUUUUUUUUCUGUUCCUUUCUUUCUUCCUUUCUCUCCAAGGACGCCAGGAGCUGUUGGCACCUCUUCUCCCAGCGGCGCUUUUUCGGGUUCAUAACGCGGAGCUCCGGGCCGAGCGGGGCAGCAGGAAGGGGACGCGUCUGCGAGGACUUGAAGGCAUCUGUAGCAAGCUCUGUGUCUUUACAAUAUCCUGUGUGUAAAUGCUGCACCUCUGUAUAUUAUGCACAUAAACAUUUCUUUGAAUACGAUAGGACAGACCUCAUCAGCAGUCAGGUACAACGACUCUUCCUCCUCUGUGUCCCGGUGUUCCCCGUGUGCGUGUGGAUCCGCGUGUCUGGGCGUUGUCUGAGCUCGUUCCAAUGCAAAGAAGGAGGAAAAUGAAUAAUAAUAAUAAUACUAAUAAUAAGAGGAACAUGGCCUUACUCGAUCCCAUCCUAUUGAUCUUGUUCGACUUGACAAUAAUAAAGUGAACGCAUGGAAA